UAAAUCGUCCUUGAGACUGACUCUAAAAUCACAGACCGAUUGUACGUUUCAUAGACUUGGGACUUUAACCGGUUUAAAAAAUCUCUUACUUGUCUUCGCCAGCUCCUUCUUCGAUCAGUGCUCGAUAUCGAUCAGAAAUGGCUUCACGCACCUUGGCUAAAGUUUUAUUAUCACAAGUGAACAAUACUAUUGCUAGAAAUGCCGCUGUUCAACAAGUUCGUUUCAUGUCAGCUGCCCCUUCUUACGAGUACAUAAAGGUAUCAAAAGCAGGCGCCCAAAACAAUGUAGCAGUAAUAACGCUGAACAGACCCAAAGCCUUGAACGCACUAUGCAACGGAUUAAUGCUGGAAGUGGGUAAUGCCCUCAACUCUUUGGAGAAUGAUGAUUCAGUUGGUGCCAUCAUCAUAACCGGUAGCGAGAAAGCGUUCGCCGCUGGAGCAGACAUUAAAGAAAUGCAAAACAACACCUACUCUCAAUGUAUGUCCGGCAACUUUUUGGCACAUUGGAACCGCGUCGCUGAGAGCGUUAAACCCAUCUUGGCUGCUGUCAACGGAUACGCUUUGGGCGGUGGUUGCGAACUGGCGAUGAUGUGCGAUAUAAUCUACGCGGGAGAGAAUGCCAAAUUCGGCCAGCCCGAAAUCCUCCUCGGCACGAUUCCCGGAGCAGGCGGCACCCAAAGAUUGCCACGCUUCGUAGGCAAAUCCAAAGCGAUGGAAAUGGUAUUAACUGGCAAUCAAAUUCCAGCCGCUGAAGCGGAAAAGAUGGGUCUGGUCGCCAGAGUGUUCCCCGUCGACAAACUUUUGGAAGAGACAAUCAAAAUCGGCGAGAAGAUCGCCAAGAAUUCGCAACUGAUCAAUGCCAUGGCCAAGGAAUCUGUUAAUGUUGCGUACGAGACUACUUUAAAGGAAGGUUUGCAUUUCGAAAAGAGAAUGUUCCAUGGCACGUUCGCCACAGAAGACCGCAAAGAGGGCAUGACUGCUUUUGUUGAGAAGCGAGCCGCCAGCUUCAAGAACCAAUAAUGUUCUAAAACGGUUGUUAUUAUGUUGUCAUGUUACUUUUAAUAAAAUUUAUACUUGUUUA